AAUGAAAUGCUACGAACAUCCAACGACGCUUCUUUUUAGACAUGAUGAUAAAGCUUUGGGUUACCGUUAGAUUUUAGCGACAAUCAAUAGCUAUUGCAGUCAGUCACCUUUUGUAGACGGAGAGAAGAAGCACCAAUCAAACGACUCCACUAAUCCUUUGGCUUUUGCGAACCUUCGGAUUAGCUUUUACUACAGAACUGCUCCCUGCACAGCAGACGAAAUGCUGACUCGGACUGGUACCGUCGUCCGGAAAAAUCGUCGACGUUCCAGUGGGAGGGGGUCAUGUCGACGUGGUUCAGCACCUACAGUGCUGCAGGCAGGGUGUGUUCCACCUUCCUCUCCCAGACGGAACCUUUCUAACACACGAACAUACCUGACUCCUCAACCCUCGCCUUCAAAGAGCGUCAUGUUCAGUUUUGAAAGUGAGAGGAAAUCGUGCUAUUCCCCGGAUUUAGUAUCCAUUCGCAGACAGUCUAGUAUUGUCAACAGUCCUUGUGAAAAACCACAGUAUUACGGUAGCUUCGUACUUUGGACUGACCCGGCGGAAGCUGACAACUCCCUCUCUGUGUACGUUGGCCUUGUGGAAGCGUGUAAAGAGGCCGAAAGUCCUUGCAACUUUAUUCACAGAGCUUUUAUCAUUUUUGGAAGAACUCUCCCUGCUACUGUCUUCCUGGGACUACUUUUAGCAUUGCCGGUUACGAUGAUUAUUAUUGGUGUGAAGUAUUUAGAGGAAUGCCCCCGGGAGCCAAAAAUUCCGAUAUAUAUAUUGGUCGGUGGAUGUUUCGGAGGAUUAAAACUUUUAAUGCUCAUGUGUGAACAGGCCCGGAAGUUACGUGAUGAUGAUGAUGAGACGAUUCACGAUGAUUCUGAGCUUCUAACAAUGACUAAAGUGGCACAUGUGUGUCUGACUCUAUUUCUAUGUAUUUGGUUUGUAUUUGGAAACUUCUGGUUGUUUGGGAUGGGAAUACCAAAAUUUAAAGCACCGUUGCACGAACCAAAGAACUGGUGCGACAGAUUUGUCUUCACCUUCAUGUUUUGGCAGAUCGUCAUUUGUUACAUCCUGCUCGCCAUGGUGUUUAUUCUCGGUAUUUCUUUCUGUGUGUGUUUCACUUUUUCUCGCUGUAAAAAGGAUAUUGAGAAAGGAUGAUAUGAAGCAAUAUGGGAUUUUAUAGAAAUGAACACAGUAUAUAUGUUGUUAGUGUAGUGAUCUCAGGAGUUUUUCCAUUCAAUUUAUUACUUUUUUUUAUGCGUUUCACACAGUAUUGAAAAAAGCCGCCUUUGUCACUUUUUGCAGACGAAAUUGCUAACAGGCCGAACAGUUUUGUUCUGUCUGGACUGUGUGGCUAUCAGUUAUUAUCGUUUAUUUUUAGUGGUAGAAAAGCUUCAGAAAUCCAUUGGAUUACUUUUCUUUCAUUACAGCCUACCUUGUUAUUUUAAAGAGGACACAAAGCGGAAAACUUCCAUCUUUCGAUUUUUCUUAUAACACAGAACUAUUUUCUUUUCUUUUCAGGAUUGCUAAUGAUUUGAAAUUAACUCAUGUUUCUUAUCAGUAACACAACAUCGAAUUUGUAUAGCUGUUCAUGAGUUAGUACAUGUGUUGCAUUGGUGUAAAUAUGCUGCUUUUAUGUUGGGGACAGUUUUAAACGUGUCCAAUCAGACCUGUGGUCCUAAACAUGCUGAGUAAUUUCAUUUCACAGCUCAAUGCAUGUUCUUUUAAAAUUGUCAUUAAUUCUCUUUGUAUACAAUUGAUGCAUACUGUAUAAAUUAUAAAUGUCCAAUAUUUAGUUGUACUAAUCGAUAAGGAUCAGUGCAUAUACUGUCACGAGUAGAGAACAUGUAUACAAUUUGGGGCCGCUGUAUUUAUUUUCUGCCUACUUAGAAUCAACAAUUUCUGAAACACGGUAGGGGUGCGAUUUUCUUUUCUGGUAUUUUUUUUCAAGACUCCUUGUUAACUUCUCAUUAAUGAAGAGUUGAAACUCCUGGCACACAAGCAUGGUGGAGUUCAACUUAUCGGGUAUGGGUGUGUGUG